GCACUUCUAAUAGCCGUAUGCCAAUCGCAACCGUCAAUCCUCGUGCAUUAACGUAGCAGAUCGUACAAGCGUGGCGCCAUCGUGAACGCGACCUCCCAUCAUGGCGCUCUUGAGUCAAAGCAUAAACUAUACUGCCACGCGCAAUCUAUCAGCUGCAAUUUCCCCGUCCUUGUACCGUUUCAAUUUUUGGGCGGUCAAGUACGAGCUCGCGACAGUUCCAUCAUCUACAAAUCAACUUUGAAAGAACAGCAACCUCGCUCGACACCUCUCCGAAUAUCUUCACUUUUGGACGAAGGCGCGACUAGGACUACCGACACACCGAAAUACAACCCAACUUGAGCUUCUGUUCAACAGAAAAGUAGCUGCUUAACUAACAACAGAACUGCUUUUCUAGCGUGCAGCCUCUAGCACUUCUACUUGGGCGCCUCGUUACAACUGAUUACUUUACUACGUCUACUCGUGCAGCCUUCUCGUACAACAAGAACCACCCUACUCCACGCUGGCCAUGAUGCUGCGGAGCAAGACUAUCGUCACUGCGCUGAUGGCAGCCGCAGCGAAUUUUUCCACCUCCGCCAGUGGCGUGAUCUUGCCGACGGUUUCUGAUACGACGGAGGAUUCGCAACACGGUACCGCUUGUAAAAAAAUAAUCAGUCCAGAAGAUCGAAUAUUAGAGAGUGAGCGCCUUGCGUUCUUCUUUUUGUUGUGCUACUUUUCUUGCAUGACGCUGAAGCUGAAUGCACACUUAUAUGUACCUAGCGACGAAUCCGCGCGGCAGGGCGCGACUUUUGUUGUAUUUGUUGAGGAUAUUAUUAUCAUCAAGCUCAGCGCUGUUUCUCUGGCGUCGUCCUUGAUAUAUUCACCAGUCUUCGUUGAUAUUCAUAUUUUUCUACAGGCACUUCUACCUCGGAGCGGAAGAUGGCGCUGGAAGCUGCUUCGCGGCCUGCCGCGUCCUUUAUGGACACUGGUGACGAUAUGGAAUGGGAGACGUCAGAAUCGAAAUCGACGAAGUUGAAAAAAAAAUGACUUUUAUUGCAUAAAAUGCAAACACAAGGUGACUGUCUUGCGGGGAUGACAAGCGAGGCCGAUUGUGAGCCUGUUUAUUGGAGGGUGUUGAAGAAGAUGGAGCUGCUUGCUCUAAACAGCAUUACGACUGAAGACUGGAUUUAUAAUAUGAUGCCGAAAAAAUUUGUCAUGCGCCGCUUGAAAAUUCGGCUUCCAAGUGGCAUUGAUUUUGAUUUUUUGGCAGCUUAUACAGUGCUCACCUUGGCAGCUUAUACAGUGCCGAAGAAGCUUGUCCCAAAUACAAAUUGUUUUUUUGCAUGACCAAUAUUUCAACUUUCACUUCUUUGUCAAAAAAUUCGAUCCUGACCCUUCCAUAAAGGACGUCGGCGCACAAAUCCUGGCCGACGAGGCUGAAAAAGAGGCAGUGAGUUUUGGAGAGACCCAAGACAACCCAGCCCCGGCCAAGGACAACCGGAAUCUGGGCCAAAAAAUCAAGGACUUCGCGACGAAUGCGUACGGAAAAGUGAAAGACGAAUGGCAAAAGGACAGCAAGAAGGUCGCCGCGGUGACCGGCGCCGGCAUUGUCGGAACGGGGCUCACGGGUUUUCACUUCUAUCGGAUGUUUAAGCGCAUCCGGGCGCGUCGUGCUGCGGCCGCCAAGAAGGCCGCCGCUGCGAAGAAGGCCGCCGAGGUGGGGGCGCAGCCCGCCACUGACCAGGAUGCGCAGGCCGCCGGCGCGAGCUUUCUGCAAAAACACGAUGCGGCAUCUACGCCGGCGCCGAAGCUGGUGCUCGCCAAGGAGCGUGUGGCCGUCUCCGAUGGCGACGUGCCGGCGACCGCCUUGUAGGUGACAGUAACUGCAAGGUGGUGUGUGCUUCUACUUUCAAACUACAACAUAGCAAGCGGCUAAAAAUAAUAUGUAAAUUUAAACUUUCUUCUCUCUGUCUCUGUCGUGUCGUCGGCGGUAAUGAAGAGGAGGACCACGACCAAAAGCAUUACCCGAGGAUGCGAGAAGUAGUUAUCAAAAUUAAAAUGAUUUCAAUCUUAUUAUAAAUGCCGCGAAGCGAUGAAGGCGAACAUAAAACAACAUGCGAAGGAGGCGCAGCAGCAAGUAAAUUCAUCUAUUUUUAAGAGUGAGCUCUAUGCUAACGCCGCCAACGCAUUAAAUAAUGUAAAACGAAUUUUUCACACAGCAUCCAUCGCGAAGAGGAGUGCCUAGAACUUUUUCAAAAGAAGAUCGCGCCAUCUGUUUUGGCGUUCUCGAUAAGAUCAAGGAAAACAAGAGCCAAGUUAUCUUUCAUCCGUGCAAGGAAGAAUCAGACCACAUGAUUACCAGGAAGCUGCAUGGCGCUACGUCCAUAGAGCAGCCACGACCGUGGGAAACGAGGUGGGUGACAAGCAAAUAGGAUCGUCGCGCGACUACACAGCGACCACAGCGCGAAAACCUCUCGCCCUAACUUGUACGCUGACUGAGCCGCAUAUGGUGGAAGUGUCAGAAUCGAAAUUCACAAAUUGGAAAAAUUUGUGAUGCAUAAAAUCGAUAAGACGAGUUGGAGCCUCAGAAGUUUGUAAGUGGCACAUGACAAAUUUCGGGAGCACCCAAAUCCAGUCUGUCAUGCUGUUUGCGCAAAGAAGACCGCUCCUGUCGUGCUACUCUGGCGGCACAUUACAUACUUACUCCUACCUAAACAGGCUUACAAUUAUCGGUCUCAUUUGCCUGCUCCCCAAUACAGGCCCUCAGUGCCCUACAUUUUAUGCAUCGCAAAUCUUUCGACUUUGUCGAUUUCGAUCCUGACACAUCCAUACCGCAGGCCUUCGGAGGACUGCCUCAGUUUGUCUUUGUCAGUUGUGUCUAUUGUUGACUCCUGGAGCUGCGGCUGCGGGAGAUGAACUACACGCAUGCUCGUACUGCUGGCGGGCUCGUCCACUAGAUGACAAACGCAACAGCUCUAGUGUACUUCUCAUGCCACUUAAGACUUAAUAUCUCGGAGAUGAAGCUGCGUGUAUUACUAUAAUCAAAGAGCACUACAUCUACAUCAAUCAUCACAAUUUUGUAUACUGGCCAGCUGUGAUGUGCCGUCGCUUUGAUAGAUCUUGCGGCGCCGCACAACGGGGGCGGCCAAGUUCAGCUUUACGAAUCGCGUCUCACCUAGGUACUUCACAGAGCGGAUCGGGAACUACAAUCUCACCCGACGAGCAAAAUGAUUACUUCACAGAGCGGAUCGGGAACUACAAUCUCACCCGAGCAAAAUGAUAAGAUCCCGGCGAAGGUAGACGUAUCUUCGUACUGUGUCGCUAACAUUAAUUUGAAGAAAAACAUCACCUGAAUGGAGAAGCUGAUCGAAUUUCUAAUGAAAGGGCCUCCCGGUAUUGUUCCUAUCCCCAGAAGCCUAUCGCAUUUUUCAUAUGUCGGUAGCCAGUGCACAAGGACUAAUCUCCUCGGUUU